UUAUGCUCAUAUUGUUGCUUCUUUUGUAUUAUUUGUAGUAAAUUAGAAAACUAUUAUGGAAGAGGAAGAUGAUUGGAGACAGUGUGCUGAAUGGCUAAACAGAUGUCAAAUUAUCCCAGAUGACCAUCCGGUUUUAGGGCCAGAUGGUAAUGCUAUUCACUUAGUCCAAGCCUUAAUGGAUGGGGUUGCUUUAUGCCAUCUUUUAAGCACAUUAUCAAAUCACGAAUUAGAUAUAAGAUCGAUGAAAGAUUUUAGCCAUAUGCCACAAAAUUCUCAGUUUCUAUGCUUUCAAAAUCUUCGACUAUUUACACAAUUAUGCGAAAAAGAAUUUGAUAUUCCCAGAAAUUUACUAUUUCAACCUGCUGAUAUUUAUCAUGCCAAAAAUUUUGGAAAAGCCAUAGUGACGUUAUCGAAAUUAUCAUGUUCAAGAAGAGCACAGUUAACUGGAAUACCUGGUUUUCCACCGGAAAAUUCAAAGCUACAAUCCACUCAUGAAUAUUAUAAUAAUCUUGAAGAAAUUGCUGCUGCAAUGAAUAAGUUACCUGACUCCGGAAAACCGAAUUACACUCAAAUGGAAGAAGAGAAUAAAGAAAAACUCUAUGAUACAGUGGUGUAUCAAGGUUCAAAGUCUCGUAUAAAUUUGGACUCUGAACCUACAACAGCCCGAGCAUACUGUAUUCGUGAAAUAGUUGAUACGGAAAAAAAUUACGUAGAUGUGUUGAAAAUGUUAAUUGAGAAAUACAAGCAUCCACUUAUUGGAGUUCUUUCGCACAAUGAAAUCGAAGAGAUUUUCAAGUACAUUGAGGAAUUACAUACUAUUCACAGAGAAUUUCUAAGUAAUCUAAGUUUGGCAACUAGCGCAACUGUGAAUUUUCUUAGUUUAAGUGAUGUUUUUCUCAAAACUCGAGAUAAUCUACUAAUAUAUGGAGAAUAUUGUGGUCAUUUGCAACAUGCGCAAAAUUUAGUCUAUGAGAUUAUGCGAAAUGAUGUGGAAAAACGUAACAAAAUAGAGUUAUGUCAGUCAAAUUCGGAGAAAUAUAAUAAAUUCGCUUUGGCUGAAUUACUUACAAUACCAAUUCAACGUGUUUUAAAAUAUCAUCUUUUGUUAGAGCAUCUUUGUAAACUCACCCCAGCUGACCACUACGACCGUCAUGAUUUAACUGUAGCUCAUGAAGCUAUGCGUGAAGUUGCAUUAUCUAUCAAUGAUGUUAAACGAGAUCUUGAUACAAUUAGCUCCAUUGAUCAAAUUCAAUCCAGUUUACUUGAAAUUAUGCUGCCUCCAGAUAAGAGGUUAUCAAGUUAUGGGCAUUUACAUAUGGAUGGUGAAGUGAAAGUUCUUUCCGAAUCAGAAAGCAAAGCUAAAACAAGAUAUUUGUUUUUAUUCGAUAAAAUAUUGAUUGUAUGCAAACCAAAGGGUGAUAGUUUUACAUUCAUGUUCGCUUAUCAUGUUGUAAAUGGCCAAUUCCAAAAAGUCACUUUACCAAACAAAAAAGGAUAUGCUUAUGGAUUUACUUUACCAAUCUUGGGUGAUAGAGAUUCACCGAAUCUUACAUUUUUUACAAAAUCUGAAGAAUUACGUACAGCCUGGAUGAAAGCUGUAACAGCUGCAUUAUCCAAUCUUUGUCCACCAGGAGCUAAAGAUCGAGGUUACAACUUUGAAAUGUUCACAUUCAAACAACCUACUUAUUGUUGUAUUUGUAAUAAAUUAAUCACGGGAAUGUUUUUUCAAGGUUAUCGUUGCCGAGAAACAAAUCGAGCUGCACAUAAAGGUUGUCUUGCCAAUCAUAAUCUUCCAAUACGUGGUCUAGCUAGUCCAUCUAUUAAUGGAUUUGUAUCAAGUGCUCCACCACCAUUACCUCCCCAGAAUAAUACAGUGCGUAGUCGACGUUCUCAUGCAAUGAUGGGAAGUGUUCCUUGUACACCUGCAAAAGACUCAUCAUCUACUUCAGACUCAUUUGAUUUCUCACAGUUAAAUGAUACAUUAUCUUCUGUAAACCACUGGCUUGCGGCUGAUCAUAACAAUCUGUCGAAUGUCACUUUACAACGCAAUCGACGUAUUUCUUCAGGUUUACCUACUUCAAAUAUUCCUCCAGUGAAUUCAAUUUUCGCUGUAGCGCGAAAAGCAUAUGACGGUGAUCCUCUUCCACCUUCAGGUAGUCAUCCUUUGAAAUUAUCUAUUGGAGACCAAGUUGAAUUGAUCAAAUGGACUGAAGGCUCAUCAUGGUGGCAAGGUUAUUCUGAUGGCUCUGAAGGUUGGUUUCCUGCCAAUAUUGUUGAAAUAGUGAAUACCAAAGUUAAUAAACCAAGCAGUGCAAGACUUUCUCAUCAAGUAUCUUCAUCGUCUAAUAAUUCUGAUCGAGCAUCAGUUUUUAGUAAUAAUAAUUCUUCAGCUCAAAAAUCAUUCUUUUUAUCAAAUGAAACAUCUCCAUCCAGUUUACCUUUCUGUACUAUAGGAAAUAUAACUGUAAAUAACAGUCGAUCAUCUAUCGUCGGUAAUAAUAAUAAUAAUAAUAUUCCUAGUUCUCCUUGUUCAUCGUUAACAUCACUCAUCCCAGUGAAUAUGAUGAGUACUAGUAUAAAUAAUUCAUAUCCUCCAUUAAUGUUUCGACGUUUGAAAAAGCGUAGUUUAUCAGCUUUGGAAAUUCCUGAUUCAUCUCAUCACUGUAUUGAUUUAGUUCCAUCAGUAUUGUCAACUACACAGACUGCAGCAGUUGGUGCAGCAGUCACUUCGAGAUUUGAAAAUUUCCCAACAGACUCAACACUGGAUCAUUCACAUAUCUUUCUGUCGACUUAUCCCUGGUAUGUUGGUGAAAUGGAUAGAAUUGAAGCUGUUAAUUUAUUAAAUAAUUGUACUGAUGGUACAUUUCUUGUACGUUUGUCUAAAAGUGCUGAGAGAAUGGGAGAAUAUUCACUGUCUGUUGUAUACGGUCAUCCACGACAUAUUCGUAUACAACGUUUUACAUCAUCUGAUAAUUCUUGCAUUACAUAUGGCCUUUGUGAAUUGGAACAAUUUCCAAAUAUACCGGGUGUAAUUGAAAACUAUUCCAAAGUAUCGUUAAAUCGAUGUUUUGAUGAAGUUGAUGUAACAUUACUUUAUCCUUACCAAAAGUGUCCUUCUUCACCAUUGUUUUACGUACGGGCAAAUUUCGAUUUUCAUGAUACAUCUAAUAGUCGUUUCUUAAAUCUAAAAGGAGGUGAUCGAAUUGCUGUAGUUAGUCGCGCAGCUGAAGACAGAGGUUGGUGGAAAGGAUGGUUAAAUGGUCGUAUCGGAUUCUUCCCCAUGUCUUUUGUAACACGAGAGCUGUCUGCAUGACUAUGCUGAACUGCUACUGUUAUUUGUUGUUGUUGUUACUGUUGUUGAAAAUUUGUAUUUUUAUAUCCAAUUUCUUUGUGAAAACAUAUUUUUACCCACUUGUAUUUUCAUUACAAAUCUAAACAUACCCAUUCAGUGUAAAAUAUCUAUUCAUAGUGAGUGAUCUAAACAACGAACUUUGUUAUGUCACUGAUCUAUCGUAAUAUCUAUUGAUUAUAUGUGUGUAUGUAUUUAUGUAUGUAUAUGAAAAGUGAGAGUUGUACAACGCGAUAGUCAUAAAGUAUGCUUUAAGUAUUUUUCCUAUUUUAUUUUCAGCCAAGUAUUAUUUUUCUCUUCUAUUCAUCUACAGUCUAUCAUUAUUAUAAUUGCUGUUUUAUUAUUGGUUAGUUAGUAGUUACAUUAUUGUCUGUAUUUGUGUGAGACUGCCCUAUUACUACUAUUAGUAUGAUCAUUUUUCGCUUCUGUGUUUAUCUUGUACAUUGGUGUGCCUUGAUCAUGAAUUUAGGAAACUAAUCAACAAUCGUUUCACGGCAAUCUAAGCAUACACAGUGUGUAAAUAUAAGUAUGUAUGAUCGCAUCGAAUAUGUACUAAAUGUGCGUGUUUCAUUUUUUUCCCCCAAAAGAUGUUCAUAGUUUUGUAGUUAUCAAUUUUCGAUAUAAUUUUCUCUUCUAUGUAUAGCAUUUUGAUUUCCAACGUUAUUUUUUACUUUCUUAUCUUUAUUAAUUUUCUUUUCUCUAUAUGGUUUACAAAUGAGGCAUUUACCACUACUACUGAUAAUGAUAACAACUUUACGAAUCAUCAAAAUAUCAGCGAUAUAAUGAUCAUUCUGUAAUUAACCUGUCUAAAAAAUAACUAUCUUUUUUUUACCAUGAGAAAAUUUAGUGGUGAAUUUCUUCAAUUGUUUUUCGGAUGUUCAGUGUUAUUGAUUUUUUAUGAAUGCGCAUCCACAAUCGUAGUGCUUCGUACUUUUCUGCCUACUUAUUCACCUCGCUUUAUUCUGAUUUUGUGCAUUGCUAGUUUUCUCCUGUUUAACAAACCUGUAACUCCUUGUUUGGUUUUAUUUUUAAACGAAUCACAGAAAUAAAGUGUUAGAUUGUAGACAUUUUUUUAAAAAUUUUAUCUUUUUCCAUUUUUAUUUCCUAGUUAUUUACUGACUGACUCUCUUUGGUUAUUAUUCUUUCUUUUAUUAUCAUCAUGAUCAUAAUUUUUACCGUUUUUAUCUCUUGAUUUGAAACAAUUCUAUUUUGUAUUUCCUUCGUUUUGAAUUUUUUUUUUAAAAAGAUAAACAAACCAAUCAACUAUGUAUAAAAAGAACAAUCACAUUGAUCUUUUCUGUCACCAAUCUGAUAUUUUCAAUUUUUUGUCAUAUUUGUUUUAAUGUGCGAAAUUAUAACCCCUCCAUAAAUAUUAAAAAUUGAAUAUGUUUAUUGUGUUUCUUUUUUAUCAGGACAAAGAUCCUUUCCAUAGUUUUCUUGACAAACCAUUUUAUGCUAAGAGUUCACUUGUUAAGGUUUUCUUUUGAAAAUCAGCGGUUCAAG